AUGGGCAGCACGCUGACGCCGGCAAAGGUGUUGCUCUUGGCUGUUCAUCUCGCUGCUCAUGCCGAUGUGCGUGGACUCGACCAGCUUGCCGCUCAGUAUCCGGCCGUUCUGCACAACCAUGUUCUGCUACGAAUCCUCCUCACCCAUCUUCCCGAGACGGUCAAGCCAGACGUAUACGUGGAUUUCCUACAAGGAAGCGCCGCUGGCGAACUCGUCUCGCGACCUGAGCUCGAGCUCGAGCUCGACACAUCUCCCGUCAGCGCCCUGUCCAACCAACUGGCCUCGAAAAAGGCCAACAAGCUGCACCUUGCUCAGCUGCAGUGCUCUGAUGCCCCGACACAGGACAAGGACGACUCGCUUAGCCUCUUUCUCUUCCAGAGAGCGCAUAGGAUGGAUGCCGAGACAGGCAUGCUCGCGUACCUCCCCGAUCUGCUAGUCCCCUUUAUCAACCAUUCUCCAGCGCUGCGCACCUGGAUUGUCUCGGCCGUCUUACCGUUCGUGAGGAGGAACGUGGAAUACUACGCCGAGACCUCACCCGCCUAUUCUCUAGCCCAGUUCCAGAACCUUGAUGGCCCGGACGCUGUCCUAUAUCUUCUGGCCCGCAGCGGCAGCACUCAGAACGCCCAGAGCGACCUCGGCCGGGACUUGAGGGGACUUAUAGGACCCUGGCUGUACCAGGACACUCGCUGGGCUGAAGCAGGCGGUGAAUCCGGGGUCACCGCGGACUCCCAGGCUCCAACCCCAGGCUCAUGCCCUGGCUGGGAGCAAGCUUUGGAAUGGCUUACCUCCCAGGCGAUCACGUCAUGGAAGUUUAUGGCUGAUGCAGUCGAGCAAUGGGACGGACCGGCUGACGUUCACUUCGGUCACGGAGCCAAUUUGAAGCUUCCGGAGCCCAGACAGCGCUACUUGGAGCAAAGCUAUGCCAGAGCAGUGCUGGCGUCAUUGUACAUGGUGCAGGAGGCCACGACCGACUCCCUCAGUGCUUCCUAUCGAAUGUUGAUGGUGCCCAGAGAGCACAUUGAAAGCGAGUUCCUCAAAGCACUGCUUGUCAAAUCGCAUUAUACGCUCGCGAGAAGACUGUUUGAAGACGGCGCAGAGAGGCCCCUUGCCGCGGAUGUGAUUCAAGAAGUCGUUUUCAACUCUGCCCUCAACGCCUUUGACAACGCCUCGAACCCGAACCGCGCUCGGGGCGGCUUGAAGCAAUGUGACGAGAUCAUCCACGCUUUCCCCAGGACGGUGAGCGAUGCAUUACCGGGAACCAAACGUAUCCGGGCCCUCUUGAAAGCCACACACGCGUUGAGUGAUUACCGGCUCGUUCUCAAGCAGGGCGAACCUUUUGGUCCCGUGGUUCUGCGAGUUCACUCUGAUCCCAUUUCCAUCAUCGACAAAGUGCUCCAGCAGAAUCCCAAGGCAUACACUCGCUUGCAAGAAUUUGUGGAAAUGGGAAUCAACAUGGUCCGCGCCGGACUGCCUUCCCGCGACAGAUCUUAUCAGACUCUGGCCUCAUCGACUGGUGACCGGGACACACGAUUCUUUGUUACCGAAAGGCGCAUCGUCGCCAUGUGUGUGGAGGCCGCUCUGCGGGAGGACGACUUCGAGACGGCAUAUUCGUAUGUCGUCAGCCGCCUCGGAACUCUUGGCCCGGAUGAAGCCAAGAGUCUUUGCGAUAGGUGGUCGUGGCAGGCCGCUCUUGGAGCGGGCCAAUACCUUCGCACCGACCGGUCUCAGCAGCCGACCCAUCUGGGGACAGCCAGUGGAAACCCCGAGAUCCGGCAUCUGGAGCAACGCAUGGAAUGUCUGGCUACAGCUCUGAGAAUUGCGCCAACCUGCCAACUUCAGGAUAUUCUCAAGAGUUUCCGGCGCUGUGAAGAGCAGCUGGAUUCGGCCAUCAAAGAGGAAGCAGCCAAUGAGGCUGCCUGGGACGCCAGGGCAGACUUGGCCGACAUUCCCGGCACGUUUGAUGCCCCAGUUCCCGGCAAAGCAGAUGAGGCGCCCAUGUCUCUCUUCGAUCUUUCCAGGGCCACAGCGAAGAUCGCCCAGAAAAACCUCACGGGACUCUCGAGCCUACAAGGUGCAGUCACCGGAGGGCCGCCGGCAUCUGUAGAACCCACAGAGCCGGAAAAUUGCCGUGCCAGGAGAAGGGAUCAGCUGAGAGAGGCCGCCACGGGCACAUUGGUCUCAAGCGUAGGAUGGCUGAUUGGGGCCAAUGUAAAUCAGGGCCGGACGGAAACAAGUUGA